AUGUACAAAUGCAAUCUCUGUAACGUCGAGUACAACAACAGUGUCGAUUACGAAGCGCAUCUGAAGACACAUUUCGACCAUCGGUGUCCCUUCUGCGAUUACGUCUCGAAAACGGAGGGCCGAUUGAAACGACACGUGAAAGACCUACACGACCCGCCGGACGACGCUGUCGACUCGACGAACGGUGACUCCCAACACUCAAACAAAAGCGGUCGUGAUAAGCCUCGAGUGUGCAGAUGCAAGCAUUGCGGAUUCGUGUCCGAAACGAGGGUGGAGUUCUGGGAGCACGCCAAGAAGCACAUUCGAGAGGGCAAGGGUCUCGAGUGUCCACAGUGCCCCUUCGUCACGGAAUACAAGCACCAUCUGGAGUACCAUCUCCGCAACCAUUUCGGCUCGAAGCCAUUCAAGUGUCACAAGUGCAACUAUAGCUGCGUGAACAAGUCGAUGCUGAAUUCCCAUCUGAAAUCGCACUCGAACGUCUACCAGUACCGUUGCAACGACUGCAAUUACGCCACGAAGUACUGCCACAGUCUGAAGCUGCAUCUUCGCAAAUACAACCACCAGCCUGCCACGGUUCUCAAUCCCGACGGGACCCCGAACCCGUAUCCUAUAAUCGACGUAUACGGAACACGUCGCGGCCCUCGGCCCAAGAAAAACCCAACGGCGUCGACGCAACAACAAAUAAGUCCCGUACAGUUGGCUUCGCCUGAGCUAUUGCCUGCAGCGGCCGCUGAAACUCCAUUCGCGAUCGCCAGACCGGCUUGGCUCAAUGGCUUGUCUCUGAACGCUUUGCCGAUGUUCCAGUGGGCGAUUCCGGUGGAAAUUCAACGCGCCCUACUCGAACAGGCGGCAGAGAGGGGUCGUGAAGGACAGGACAGAGUCAGCGUUGACGGAGACGAGAUAAACAUCCGCGAACGGGUGGAAGACAUGACCAUUAAAGAAGAACCCGAGGAUUGGGGCGUCGAAGCUCCGCUCGACCUCAGUCGGAGUUCGCCGCACUCACCCGCGUCCACCAGCGGUACCCCGGCGCAAACGACGCCCGUGGAGUUAAGUUCUGCAAGGCGGAAAGGCCGAGCCGUAAAGGUAGAAUCUUUCCGCUGCGAUUUCUGUCAAAUGGACUUCAGAGACCAGGAGAUGUUCCUGGAGCACAUGAAUUACCACGGAAUCGACGAUCCCUUCAAGUGUAAGGCUUGCGGAGAACAGACGACCGAUCGAUUGAACUUUUUUCUUCACCUGAAUCGAAAUCCUCACACGUGA